AUGCGCUACCUUCACUUUCACAAGACACCGUGCCCGCACGCUCUGGAGACCACAGCUCGGUCCUCCCAACCUCUCGAACACUUUUUGCCACCAUAUCCAGUCUCUCCGCCCCAAUCUGGGUCAACAUCGCCAAUCUCACCAGAUCCCAAAACGACUGUUCCUACCCCCACGUCAACAACAGCCACAUCGUCAACCAAUCGACCAGAUCUUCACUCGCAACAAGCAGUCCCUAGUGCUGAGUCCAUUCACACUCUUCACAUCUCUACAACGACUCGGACGGAACAAGGCGCUACCCAGGGAGUUCCUUCGUCCCCCCUCCCGUACCCGGCAUCGCCCACCAAGGUCUCACUGCAGCAACAGCAAGUGGGCAAGACCAAAGUCGACGGAACUAAAGAUGAAGAUGGCAUGAAUAAGCCGAAUCUAUGCCCCUAUUUCUUCAAACGUCUUACUCCCGCGUCAGUACGGCCUUGCUUGAAGUGUUAUAUGAAACCUGAGUACGAAGUACAACGUACACGAUGGAUGGCUGAGUAUAGAAACUCGCAUUACGGCGUUCAGGCUGAAGAUGUGGAGAGAUUGUCUGGAGUUGAGGCGGUGAGGGAGAGGAUGGGCAGUGGGAAAGAGGGAUUGUAGAUGUGAAAGAGGGUUUGAGGGAGGUGUCGGUAUGAUAUGUGAGUCUUAAUACCGAGUGUGUGUGCCACAU